AUGAAUUUUAUUUCUCUAAACAUUAAUGGAGUGGCAGCUGGGGCCAAAGGUGGUUGGGUGAAAAAUUUAAAGUUCAAGCUCAAAGUUGAUGUCAUCGGUUUACAGGAGACUCACAAAUCUGGGUUAUCUGAGAUCGAGUUGCGGAGGUUCUGGGGUAAAUCGAGCUUUAAAGUAGUCUCGGUGGAUUCUAUUGGAAGAUCUGGAGGUUUGGCUUUGAUGUGGAACCCGGAGGUGUUCAAGGAUGUUCAGAUCCUGCAAAAUCAUCGGUAUCUCUUGGUUGCUGGGUAUUUUUCGGGGGUGGAGGAGAGAGUGAACAUUCUGAAUACUCAUGCCCCUAACGAUGCUAGGCAGAGAAAAGUGUUGUGGGAGGAAAUUUUGGGCCUGAUUAAUAGUCUGUCUGGUUUGUGGGUUCUUUUCGGAGAUUUCAAUGAUGUUCGGUAUGUUGAGGAGCGUGUCAAUUCCAGAUUUGACCAAGGGGCGGCUGAUGCUUUCAACGGGUUUAUAUCCAGAGCGGGGCUUAUCGAAUACAACAUGUCCGGUGUUUCUUUGUCCUGUAAUUUAAUUGAUUUUGGCCCGAUUCCUUUCGAAUUUUUUAACGCUUGGGUGGGGGAUCCUCAAUUGCUGAAGAUCGUUAAGGAUGUCAGCUCGUCAGGAAGUUUGGGGGGGAAGUCUGAUUCCUUGCUAGUGAGGACACUUAAACGUAUAAAGGAAGAGAUAAAAAGAUGGAGAAAACAGGUUAAUGCUACUGAGUUAUUGGAAGUAAAAAUGAUGUUGUCUUCUAUCGAAGAUAUUGAAAGGAAAGCGACCCUUGGGCCCCUCUCGGAAAGCGAUAGGAAAACCAGAAUGGAGCUAAUUAGUAAGAUAAAUGAUUUGGAACGUAUUAAGGCGAAAAAUCUGCAACAAAAGGCGAGAGUCAAUUGGGUUAAAUUCGGGGAUGAAAACAGUUCGUUUUUUCACAGUAUUUUGAAUGUGAAUAUCGCCUCGAACAGGAUUAAUAGCCUCAGUUUUGACAAUAUAAUGAUCUCUGACCCGGUGGAUCAUAAAGAUCGUAUAAGAAGGUGGUUCAAGAAGCAAUUCUCGGAACCGAUUAGGAGGAGACCCAAGUUUUGUGGUGCUGGUUUGCCUAUCAUUUCGGAGGUGAAUGGCUGUAACUCGUCGUUCGUGGCCCUAAUUCCGAAACAAAAGGACCCUCUUAGUAUUGGAGACUUUCGCCCAAUCUCUUUGGUUGGCUCGGUGUACAAGAUUCUAGCCAAGGUGUUGGCUAACCGAUUGAAGAUUGUGAUUAACGACGUGAUCUCGAACACGCAAUCGGCUUUUGUAGGGGGAAGAAACAUUCUUGAUAGCCCGCUAAUUAUUAGUGAAACCGUUGCUUGGGCUAAGAAAAAAAAAGAGAAGCUGUUAAUCUUCAAAGUCGAUUUCGAGAAGGCGUACGACUCGAUUAACUGGAAGUUUUUGUUUCAUUUGAUGGAUCUGAUGGGGUUUCCGGAGAAAUGGAUUUGCUGGAUCAAAGGGUGUUUAGUCUCUGGUAUGGGGUCGGUUUUGGUGAAUGGUUCGCCAACGGCCGAGUUCAAAUACAAAAGGGGUCUCAGGCAGGGGGAUCCCCUAUCCCCUUUUCUCUUUAUUAUUGCUAUGGAGGUAAUAAACUUAUUUAUGAAUAGGGUUGUGAAUCUUGGGCUGUUCAAAGGUUUCGAAUUACCAAAUGGAGGUCCGAAUCUCUCUCAUCUUUGCUACGCCGAUGAUGUGUUGUUCAUUGGCUCUUGGUCUGAACAAAACGUGGUCAUUCUCAGUCGGCUUCUCAGGUGGAUUUAUUUGGUUACGGGCUUAAAAGUGAAUUACAGUAAAUGUAAACUGUUCGGAAUAGGUGUUGAUGACAUGGAGAUUUCACGGUUGGCUGCAAAGCUUAAUUGCGAAGUGGGCCGGUUCCCUUUUGUUUACCUCGGAAUCCCGAUUGGAGCAAACAUGAAUCGGGCGAAGAAUUGGAAUCCGGUGAUUGAAAGACUUAAAGCUAAAUUAUCUAAAUGGAAAGGUAGGCACUUAUCGAUGGUAGGGCGGAUGACAUUAGCGAAAUCAGUUUUGGGAAGUCUUCCGACUUAUUAUCUCUCUUUAUUUGCGGCUCCUAAAUGUGUGAUUACCAAGCUCGAAAGAAUCCGAAGAGAUUUUAUUUGGGGCAUUACGGAUAGAAUUAAAAAGGUUAGAUGGGUCCGGUGGGAGUUGCUAAUGAAAUCUAAGUUAAAAGGUGGCAUGGGGAUUGGUUCGAUUGCAGAUUUUAAUCACGCUAUGCUUAUAAAAUGGUGGUGGAGGUUCAAGACGAAUCCGGAGCAAGUCUGUGCCAAGGUUGUCGCUGCUAUUCAUAAUAGUAGCAUUCCGAAUCAGUUCAUUCCAAUUAUUAAUUCGAUUCCUGGAAUCUGGAAAGGUAUCGACAACAUGGAGUUGGUUUCUGAGAAGAUUGGCAUUAGUUUGCAGCAGAACCUGAUAGAAAAAAAUGGUGUAUGGGUUUGGAGAAACAAUGGUGAGGAGCCGUUUGCAGUUAAACAAGUUCGAAAAGAUUUUGAACUGGCUAAAUUGCAAGAUCCGGAUGCUGAGCCGCUGUUUGUUUGGAAUAAAUGGGCCUCCCCCAAAUCAAAUCUGCUGCUAUGGAGGGUUAUAUUAGAUAAGAUCGCUUCCCGGGAUGGUCUGAUAAGAAGAGGUAUUACAAUGGUGGAUGAAAGAUGCCCUCGGUGUGGUCUUGAGUUAGAGACGAUUGAUCACAUUUUUUUCAAAUGUCUUUGGAGUAGGAGUAUAUGGUGGAAUGUUUUAGCUUGGAUCCGGGUAAGAUACCCAGGGGAUAUCGCUUCGUUUCGAGAGUUUUUUGAGUAUGUUAAGAAUUGUCCGGGCGGUAGGAUUUGGAAAAAGAUCAUCUACACUAUCGUGAUUGCCUCGGUGUGGAGAAUUUGGAGUGCGAGAAACUUAAAAGUUUUUGAAGGUUGCUUUAUUCCAAUCAAGAUGUCGGUGGAUCUUAUUAAAGAGGAUUCGUUCCUAUGGAUUAGUAAUCGGGCAAAUAUUAAAAGACCAGCUUGGGAGGAUUGGGUGAAGUUCAAUAUUUUGGACUUAUUGUAA